AUGGCGCCAGAUGCACCUUACCCAAAUAAGGAGAUGCAACAUGUUCGGGGACCACAGAAUACCUUCAGUGCGAGUUCGGAGCCACCGAAACGUCAUAAACGCGGCCCACCAGAUCCCACAAACGACGUGUCCUUAAGCUUCCUUUCUUCCUUAUCGCAGGAUCCUCUACUUGAACCGUCGAUCUUUCCCCGGAUCUCCUCGCAGUCCGAACGUGAAGAUUAUCUUGGUGCUGACGGGGCCCGUCAUGCCGCACGUCAUGCCGCAAUUUCUAGGCUAUUGAGUGGCGAGGAUUAUGCCAGUCGGACAGUCUCUGGGCCGCCACAACAAGAAAUGUGGACCACCCGCUUCCGCCCCAGGCGAGCGGAUGAAGUACUAGGGAAUGAAUCCCGUGCGUUGUAUAUUCGAGAUUGGCUCAAGGCUCUCGAAAUUCGUCUACAUGCUACACAUCCCCCUGCUGCGAAAGGUAGCGCAACUGGAACAGGUGGGCGGAAGGUCAAGCCCAACCCUCCCGAAAGGGCGCCUAAACGGCCUCGCGUCAUUCGAGCCGUGAACAAAAAAAGAGGCAGAAAACGACGGAGGCUGGAUUCCGAGGACGAGUUAGAUGUUUUUAUUGCUCGCAGCGACGACGAAAGCGAUGCGGCUCCAGAUGCUCCAGAGGAGGAUCUCGAUGACGAUGAUUUUAAUUUUUGCCAGCGGACGCUUUCUCGCCUCCAGCGAAAAGACAAUUCGCGACUAUUAGAGAAAUAUCCACCAACCUCAGAGACUGGUGUCGGCACCAUCCCGACCAAUCUCAACCACCAAUCCUCCGACGCUGAUUUUACCGAUAAUCUAACGAACACACUCAUUAUAAGCGGGCCUCCUGGGUGUGGGAAGAGCGCAGCGGUUUACGCAUGUGCAGAUGAGCUGGGGUGGGAAGUUUUCGAGGUCUAUCCCGGGAUUGGAAAACGCAGUGGCGCAAACCUCGAUAACCUCGUUGGAGAUGUGGGUAAAAAUCACCUCAUCCAACAGACGAGGCCGAAAUACCGAACGGCAGCUGCGCAGUGUGAUUCAAGAGCAAGCGCUGCUCUUUCGACGCUUUUCCCUAAAGGAGGGAAAGUUAACCCCAUACCCUCGCCAACACACUCAGAUACCGAGCAUCCUAGUGAUGUUGACACACAUGUCCUCGUGGAUGCUGCCACGAAACCGUCUCCUACUGCUCGGCAAUCACUCAUUCUCCUUGAAGAAGUCGAUAUAUUAUUCAAGGAAGACGCCGGUUUUUGGCCGGCAGUGGUAGAGUUGAUCAAGGAGUGCCGACGGCCCGUGAUCAUGACAUGCAACGAUAUGAAGCUUGUCCCCGUCGCGGAUCUUCCUCUGCAAUCCGUGCUAACAUUCCAACCUUGCCCUUCCAAGCCCGCUGUCACGUUUUUGCAAUGCUUGUGUCUAACACAGGGAUGCGCUAUCUCGAGAGAAAAAUUGGUCCAGCUUUACGAAACCACGCACAUCGUGCAGAGUAUGGAUCUUCCAGACGCGCCGCUGAACCCCAGAACCGAACCACUACCACCAUCGGAUCUCAGGCGAUCUAUUACCCAGCUGCAAAUGAUGUGUACUGACGCCACCCACGAAGCUAAGGUCCCUCAAGAAGCACAGGGGGCCGCUGAAAACUGGCCGUCACUCCCUCUGACAAUUUCCGCCCAAAGCAGUGCUGACGUUACUGAGACAUCGACGGAGGAGCUGUGGCGAUGGGCUUCCACUUUCACGGAUUGUGUUUCGUACACCGACAGCUAUCUCUGCAGGACACCACUGGAUGGACGUGAGGCCCUGUCGUAUGACUUAUCUGAAUCUUCGGUUGACGAUGAAUUGGGCCACGCCAUACUAAUCCAGCCGUCCCACGUCUCUGACACGAGAGAUGGACUUGCCUUCUAUCACAAAGAUGAGCUCAUUGUGCAUGAUGCCAUCCACCUUUCACGUGGUAAACACGAGGAUUUGGGUCCUAUUCCGAUCACAACGUCGAUCAACCCCGCGGCUACUGACAUGGAAACCAGGCUCUUCCGAGCUCGCGUGGAGCAUCAAGCACAGAUGCUAACCGCAUUGCAGGACAUGGUUCAACCACCCGCACCUCUCAUGCCCCAGAGCAGCGUGUACCUUGAUUACAUACCGUGGGUGAGAUUCAUGGUUAAAGUGGAUGAUAUUCUUGAGCGAUUAGCGUGGGAUGAGAUGGAGAAGGUGAAGUCUGGGAGAUUAACGAGGAAUAGCAUGAAGGGGAGACAUAUACGGAUUAUUGAUUUAACAGAGGAUCAGCAUCGGACUUUGGCAGCUACUGGACUGGAGGAGGGUUCUCAUUCACAUCGACCAUCCUUGGACCGUCUCUUAACUCCUCUUCAACGUCCAAUUUACACAGGCAUAAUGCCUGCAUACACAACGACGGCGACGAUCAAGCAUGUCAAUCUUCAUUCUCCACAAAGAGACUCUGGCGGCAGUACCCCUGCACUCAAAGAUGUAUCCAGACAUUCCCCAGUCAUUUCUCUUCCACCUCUCGAUUAUUUACAGCAGCACCGCAGGGGCUCUAUCACAGAUCCAUCUCUACAUGCUGCUUCCGCGAACUCAUCUGCAGGUCCGCGUCAUAUAGAUGGUAUUGAUUUUGCUUCCCGACCACGUCCAGCUGCUAACUACACUUUCGGUGAUGGAGGAGGUUCAACACACCAUUCUGAGUCUUCAAGUAAACAAAUGCGCAAGAUAUUACGUUCCCCAUCUGCAGAAUGGGAGCCUGCAAAGGGUAUCGCACCUCUACAGACAUCACUUCCUCCAAAUGGGGGAACUAAAACCACCGAUCACAUGAACGUGGACAGCAGGAAUGAGAAACAAUCACCCAGAUUUAACACGCGACAAGCAGACGACAGUGAUCAUAGUUCACGAAGGCAAUCGAUUGCUAAUUCUUCGGAUUCCCAAAUGCCACAUGGAACGAAACGAAAGACGUCUGCUUACAGAGAAGCAAAUGGAAAUGACGAAUCAGAUUCGCAUCUGGUAGGACCAGGGGUACCUAGUCCCAUGAACAUCGAUUCAGAAGGACGCGCACAAAAACGGCGAGGGUCGACCAUAGAGAUGAGUAGGAUAGCCCAACUGAGCAUAUAUGACCAGAGGCGACAUUCAGUGCAUUCAUCAACGAUAGCGCCAGUGGCAGGUCCAGGAAUCGCAGGGGGAAAUGGGCAUUGGUGGCUGAAUGAGAGACGGGAUUCCCUACCCCCAUCGUUCCCAAACGGGACAACUAGUGGCUACCCAUCGGCAUUCUCCGGCGAUCAGCCACAUGGUCGACCUGCUGCACCCUCGACGCCAGGCAGCAUGGCGACUUUCGCGUGGUCUGCAGCACAACACCCGGACGGUCAACAAGAUCCUAAUAUACAGCACCACCCUCGUUCUUUCGAAACACAACCUAUGCAGAUGACCAUGAUGCCCCCGAUGACAUUCCCGCCAGACAGGCGGAUGUCUGUGCCAGAAAGCUCGACUUCUACAAUAGGCCCGACAAGAAAUAUCCGUUCGCGGUCCCGACCUCCAUCGCGUCAAUUACGCGAAAAUAGCCAGACUGUCACUACUGCUGUAGGGCCUGCGCCGCCUGCGGAGGAGCCUUCUUCGGCUCCUUCUCCGUCAUCUAGCCUGAAGCCGCCGAAGGAGCCGGGAUCUACACCUUAUUCUCGUUCACCCGAGCUGCGAGUUUCGCAUAAGCUUGCCGAGCGAAAACGACGGAAAGAAAUGAAAGACCUUUUUGAUGAGCUGCGGGACCAGCUACCAGCAGAUCGGGGUAUGAAGGCGAGUAAAUGGGAGAUCCUUAGCAAAGCUAUCGACUUUGUUACCAACUUGAAGCAAAGUCACCAAGAUAUGGUUCGUGAGAUCGAGAUGCUGAGACACGAGCUGGAAAGCAUGAGACAAGGCAUACCAUCUUUUGGUCCAGGAGCACCACCUCACGCUAUGGUGUAUGGGCAGGGCGCACCAGUUCCAGGACCAUACCCGCCACCUCCAGGAGCGAUCUCUCAUCCUCCACAGCACCCGCAUCAGCAAUCGUCUCAUCCGUCUCAGCCACGACCACCAUCAUCGGAGAAUCCAUAUCCAGCAGCACCCACCACCCUUCCUCCAGCGCCAGCACAACCACCACCAGCAGCACCUACUACCAAUGGUGUUGCGAGCAUACCAGCGAACAAGUCAGAGGUACAGCCGAUGUAG